AUGACCCACAAGACGCUGACAACCCCGGGGAUCGACCUUCUCCUCAAAUGCGCUGUCCUCUACCUUUUGCCCACGAUCAUCUUCAUCCUCGGUUUCCAGCGCCUCAUUGACUAUCUCGACGUUCUACAAGCUCUGCAACUAAACGCAUAUCUCGCCCAUGGACUCCCGAUCCUUCUAGGAGUCUCAGUGUUCCCCGGUUACGCAACCACACGCAUAUUUUGGCGGGAGUUCAAGAACAGGAGAGAGGCUGCUAGGUUGGGCGCAAGGACAAUCCCGAAGCUCAGAGGGAAAUGGAUCGCGAAUGUAGACUUUCUGCAAGCUAUGAGCAAGCGCGUCGAGUCUGGCUACCCAGAUGACAGCCUGACCGACCUGGUUGCGAAAUAUGGCCACGUCGCCGAUUUCUACGUCCUCUGGAGGCACCUCAUGUUCACCACAAGCCCAGAGUACAUCAAGAUCGUUCUGGCCACAGAUUUUGCCAACUACGAGAAAGGGGAAGAGUUCAACACUGUAGUAGCCAGUCUGCUGGGAAAUGGUGUAUUCAGCUCAGAUGGUGAUAUGUGGAAAUUCCACCGCUCAAUGACGCGUCCCUUCUUCUCUCGCGACCGUAUCUCGCAUUUCGACCUCUUCGACCGCCACGCCGACGCUGUCGUCGCGAAGAUCAAGGAACGCGCACGCGCAGGGAUCCCUAUGGACUUCCAGGAUCUUAUGGGUCGCUUUACGCUGGACUCGGCGACCGAGUUCUUGUUCGGAGCGUGUGUGCACUCACUCCAAGGCGAGACGCCGUUCCCGUAUAAUCAUCUUUCGCAGGCUUUCAACAGGGAGGCUCGAGUCCAUCCUGCGGACGUGUUUGCUAAGGCGUUCCAUGAAGCGCAGACCAUUGUCGCGCGACGUGAACAGAUGGGCGGGUUGUGGCCUCUUUUUGAACUUAGGGGCGACAAGAUGAAGGGUCCUAUGAAGAUAGUGGACGCAUUCAUCAAUCCGAUCAUCGAAGAGGCCAUCCGGAAAAAGGACGCCAAACAUAGUACCGAUAUGGAGAAAGAAGCCAAUCCAGCAGAUGUAGACGAGGGUGAGACCUUGCUUGACCAUUUGGUGAAGUUCACGUCCGACCCUGUUCUCCUCAAGGACGAAACUCUCAACAUCAUGUUGGCAGGUCGGGAUACCACUGCGGGCACAUUAACUAUCAUCUGCUACUUCCUCUCCGUAUAUCCAGCAGUCGCAAAGCGCCUUCGGGAGGAGAUACUCUCGCAUGUGGGCCCUAACAAGCGGCCGACGUACGAGGAUAUCAGGGAACUCAAGUACCUUCGCGCCGUCAUCAACGAGACAUUACGACUCUAUCCGAUUGUACCGUUCAAUGUCAGAUCCACGAUCAAUCCCGCCGUGUGGCCUUCCCUUAACCCUCACGAGAAACCGCUGUAUAUCCCCGCCCAGACCCAGAUCUGUUAUUCUGUCUUCAUGAUGCACAGGCGCAAGGAUCUAUGGGGUCCAGAUGCCGAGGAAUUCGAUCCGGAUAGAUUCUUGGACGACCGACUCAAGAAGUACCUCAUCUCUAACAGCUUCGCGUUCCUCCCCUUCAACGCCGGCCCACGGAUCUGUCUCGGGCAGCAGUUUGCCUACAACGAAAUGUCCUUCAUGAUCAUUCGACUUCUCCAGAACUUCGAAUCCUUCACACUCGCCGAAGACGCCCAGCCUCCCUCGACCCAACCCCCUGCACACUGGAAGGAAGCAUACGGCACGAGGAAGGCGAUCGAGAAGUUCUAUCCAAAGGUUAAUCUGACGAUGUACGCUAAUGGAGGCCUUUGGGUACGCGCACACGAAGAGUAG